AUGGUGACCCCGGAGGAGCAAUGCCACGCCGCCACUGGUGUUUGCCCGAUCCAACAGCCAGGGUCAUAUUUCUGCUCGCGCCCCGUCCUGGAGACGCUUGCUUCCUGCUUCGAGUCAACUGUCCCCGGUGUCAGGUGUGGUGGCAGCCAGGUGUCCGGGCCCGUUGACGUCGAGGACCUCGCCGGUGUCUUCUCCACGGCGGGCCAGCCAUCGGUCCGGGAAUGCACCCAAAAACCACGCCCUUACAAGGUCAAUGGGUACCCGCGACGUCCACCUGGACCAUCGCCCACGUACGUCGAGGAGGCUGCAUUGGCCUACUGCACGGACACCAGGUGGAUGGCCUGUCCGGCUACGAGCUACUGUCCUCUGUACGAGUCGCAGCGCCCCAUAGAUUCCUGGCACGUGCUGCCCUGUGCCCAGGAGCUACUCCAUGGCUAUUUUCCGAAGCUGCUGACGAAGCUUGAAAUCCAGCCAGAAGUGGACGAGCUCCUUCUCACAGCCUUAGAUGGUUUCGUGCUCGUCCUGGACAAUAAUGGCGACAUGGCCUAUCUUUCACCGAACGUUAAAGACUAUCUCGGUAUCGCUCAGAUGGAUUUGAUGGGCCAGAGUGUCUUCGAUUACAGCCAUCCGUGCGACCACGAUGAAAUCAGAGAAUCGCUGUCGCUCAAAACAUCCGAAGCUGUCGAGCAUCACAAUCCCUGCAACAUUUUCUUGCGGCUCAAGUGCACGCUCACAAGCAAGGGUCGCAAAGUCAAUCUCAAGAGUGCGUCCUACAAGGUCAUUCACUGUAGGGGUAGGCUGAUCGUACACCCAAGCACUAAAGCAAUAACGAAUACCAGCAAAAGCGAUGACAAUAGUAAUAACGAAAAUAGCAAUGGCGCUGAUGAGUCCGACAGUUCGGAAGAGAGUCACGAAAAGGAACCUGGAGCUUCCUUGGUUGUUGUCGCCUCUCCCGUGCCACAUCCGGGUAAUAUCGAAAUACCGAUGGGCAAAUCGACAUUCCUGUCGCAACAUAAUCUCAGCAUGAAGUUCACUUACGCCGAUGACAAACUUGCUGAAUUCCUUGGCUGGGAGAGCAAUGAUUUGAUGGGUCAAUCAGUUUUUGAGUUUCAUCACGCUCUUGACAACGUAUCAUUGGACAAGUCUUUUAAAUCGCUGUUUAGCAAGGGACAGUGCGAGACAAUGGCCUACCGUUUCCUGAACAAACAGGGCGGUUAUGCCUGGGUCGUCACCCAAGCGACUCUCAUCCACUGCUCGAGACUCCAGAAGCCGCUCUCCGUCGUCUGCGUCAACUACUUGCUAAGCGGUGUCGAGCACGAGGAUGAGGUGUACAGCGUGCGCCAGGUGGUGGCGCGCGACUCCCGCCUGCACUUGCUGAACGAGCUCAAAGAGGAGGCAAAGGAGGAGGAGCCGGUGGAAGUGCCAGAGGACAAGGCGCCGAAACCCCUCGUGCCCCUCCAGCCAAAGAAGACCCCGGUGUCGUGCAUCGCGUCGCUGCUCCAACGCGCCCCUACUGUCCACCAACUGUCGAGCCCCUCUCCCCUCACUCUCAAAUCCGAGACCGACUCCAACAAGGAAAACGACAACAACAAUCGGACGGCCUCCGCCAAGGUAAAAGUGCCAUUCUGCGAGCCCGAGGCCAUUCGCCGUACUCCAGCGGGUCCCGUGCCGCCGUCGUUCUCCUCCCCGGACCCGGUGGUCUACCAGCCGCCCUUCAGCCGCCCCGUGCCCCAGACAGCGACCGCCAGUAUCUUCGCGCCUCGGACCGAGGACAUGAACACGGGCUUCCUCAUGUUCUGCGAAGACCAGCCUGGCCUCACAAUGUUGAAGGACGAGCCCGAUGAUUUGACCCACUUGGCCCCGACCCCGGGAGACGUCUGCGUCCCGCUGGAUCCACCCUUUCUCACGGACAUGUUCGACGAGUUCAUACUCAGCAGCAACUACUGCCCGCUUCUCAGUCCCGAGUUGUCCAACGAGCCGCCCGACCAUCCCGCGACCGCCUGCAACAGCCACGAUCGCGGCAGCACUGCGAGCAACAACAGCUGCACCGGAAGCUGCAACGGCGAGGCCGUCGAUCCCCUCAAGGCGAUCCUCACCGACGAUGGACUCAAGGCGGAGGACUCCAACUCCUCGGACGGCGACCCGUUCAUCUACAGGGACUCGUCCAGUCGGUGCAGCCUCGGCACCGACCUGCACUCGCCCACUUCCUCCAAAAGUCCAGAGAGCAGUGGCGGGGGCGACUCCCUGGGCAGUCCGUACGGCAACCGAGACGCAAAGUCUCUCAACUCUUACGUCAAGGGCGAGACCCACGUGUCGGACGACGAUGGCCUGUUGACGAUGAACUUCAACGACAUGAUGUACGACGAGGAGCUGGAGAUGCGGGCCCCCUACAUACCGAUGUGCGAUCAAGACGAGACCCUGCAGAUGCUCAUGUUCGACGACAUGGUCAUGUGGGGGGCCUCGACGACGCAGAAAAAGCCAAAACUAUUAUCGGAAGCAGCCGAGGAGAACUCAAGCUUGGCGCAGCUGUUGACGAACGAGUCGAGUUUGAAGCAAACUAAAGUCCAUGAAAACCUGGUCGUCAAUCCGGUCCAAGUCUUGGGACAGGUCAGCGUGCAAUGUACUCCCACGGCGCAAGACAUCACUGCCGAGCGCGAGAACACGAACAAGCGCGUGCACUCGUACUCCUCGAAAUCGGGUGUAGGCAACAAACGCGUGAAACACGCUGAUCUGCCCAACGUGACGAGCUGCAACCUAAACAGCGGCAAAGCGACGAGGAGUAACCUAUCCAGUCUCGAGAGGAUGCUGUCGGAUCCGGUGCAGAGCAGUCAGUUGUUGCAGCAGCUGGUCUCCCAACAGGUGCCCAAAAAUCGAAAUUGGCAGGAUAGCCAGCAAAUAAGUGUUGGCGAGCCGAGAAAUCGACUCCACACGGACGACAACAACAGAGGCAACGGCACCAGUCGCAGCAACAACUUCUCCGAGGAGUCACAUGUGCGUCGCCUGGACGACAAAGGUGGCGGCAACGACAGCUGUGGCAUUGGCGGUGGUGAUGCCACUUGCAGCAGCAGUACGAGCCAACGAUUGGUAGAUUCCAAUCCUCGCCAAGUGGAUGCCAAAGGUGGCGGAGUCAAUGUCCUGCGUAGAGGUCCACUCGUGAGUGACGGAGUCGGUAAAUCACCGCAGCAGCAGUCCAACAGCGUUUUGAUGAAUCUAUUGGUGUCCGGUUGCGACGUCGAGAUGAAUAACAACAACAGCGGGAACAAUAAUCUGCAAUCAGCGCAGCAGCCGUCGCCGCAGUUAUUCGUGCCGCGGAUGUUGGUGCUGCCGCCGGACAAAUUGUCGCUGUCGCCCCUGCGCAUAAGCGCGGACGAGCAAAGAGCGGGUUAUCCGCGUUGCGGCUGGUUUGACGACAGCGCGACCGGCAACCCGAGCUCUUUGAGAGACGAGUCCAGCCCCGGACCGAUGAGGGACAAGCUCGAGAUGCCCCCGCCGCUGGUGCGCCCGUCUGCCUUGCACCAGCCGCCCCCGAUAUCACCGCCCCAAUCCUCGCCGGCCUCCUGCUUUGACAUGUUCAACUACGACGAUUUCGUCAAUGCCACCACGAUGCUGUCGGACGAGGCCGUGUUGCUCGACAGCCUCAUAUGAUCAGAACGGGCAUAUGAUUAAUAAUGCCGGUUAGUUUAUUGGGGCCGUUUUUUUUUACCAUUGCAAUGACGACGUAUAUGUAGUUGAUUGUCGAGAUGAUUUUUAUUCACACGUGUGUAUAUAAGAGUAGAUGAAAGGGAUUUUUACAGUAGCCGGCGGAGGAAAGUUUUACAUUUUUUAUGUUCAUGUAGAAUGAGUUGCUCUUUUUUUUUCAUAAUCGUAGUGAAGAGAAGCCAUAUCGUAUAGUUCUAUGUAUUUGUCUAUAUUAUUUUUUAGUUUUUUUUUUUUUUUUUUUUUUUAUUUUCAACUUUUUUGAUUAUUAUACUCGAGUAUAAUAACGGGGUUUGUCUAGAGGAACGUGAUUUCACGUGCACCGUUUGCGUAUAGUCACGAAAAAAAAUGUUUCGGCGCUAAAAACGGUUUGCCAAAAAUAUUGGCGAUUAAGUAUACUUUUCUCAUUCAAAACUUGCGCAAAAAAUUUGUGAAAAGUAAAAAUAAGAUAAAUAAUGUUGAAAACGUUGUUAAACUUUUAUUUAACAAAAGAUUUCGUCGUACAGUUGUGGAAAAUUGCGCAGCAUUGCAAACUGUAAUUAGAUCGACCUCAAAAUCGACGGGCACAAGAAAAAGUGCAUUUUUAGUUUACUGUUCAACAAAGUACCAUGACAUACAGGUGUGAAAAAUUAACUGUAAAUCCGCACGGUAAUCCGUGUACCCUUUUUGAGGUAUCAUCAUUAGCAAACACACGGUGAACUGUGCCCCGACUAAAGUUAGUUGCGUGUAUCAACUCUUUUGUAUGUUUUCUCUUUUACCGACGCUAUUGUAUAAUACAUUUACAAACCCAAACAUUACGUGUGUCGUAUAAAAAUAUCAAUAGUGUUUCGUCAGAUAUUGAUUGUCACUUAUACCCCAACUUGUGCCGCAAUAUGUGUGAGUCAAUGUAGAUGUGACUACUAUUUAAUCGUCUCUUACAUAUUUAAUUUUUUUUGGUCGAUCUAAAAUAUUUUUAUUGACUUUCAACGUUUACCGACGUUUGCUCGUUACGCCUUGAUUGUCGCUUUACCAAUAUCAACAAUCAGUAGAUAAUAAGACUAAAAGUUUUUUUUAUAAAAUGAUUGAACGUGUAAACGUAAUCGCGAAUAAAAAAAAAUAAAAAAAAUGAUUGAUGAUGUCGCAUCGUUCAGUUAUAUAUGGCUGUACUGAUGGUCAAGUGCAAAAAAUGAGGAAUACCACACAGCGUAUAGAGAUUAGAUAAAUAACUAGAUUAUUUUAACUGUUUUGUUAUGUUGAAAAACAACUUUAAAUUUUAGAUAUUAAUGUAAAAUUCGCUCUGCAUUUCUUCAGCAGGAUAUUGAUAUUUGUCACAUUUUAAAUGGUAAUAAUUUCACAUUAAGGGAAAUUUUUUUAUGUGCUUACCUUUGAACUUAAUAACCCAGACCAAAAUACAGCAGAAAAAAAUAACAUUUACGAACGUGCGUCAACAAAUGAGUAAUGAUAAAAAAAAGAUUUUUUAAUUAAUUUAUUUUUGUAAAAUUCUACAGGUGCACUGUAACCUUUGCAACUCGUGCAUUAAAAUGUAAGAUCAUGACUUAAAAAAAAACAUGAACACGGAUAGAUAAAUAAUUGUGAAACAUAUAGCCUGCAAGAACUGAAAUACAAGGUUAACAGUAUAAGCAAUGAUUCAUUUAGCAGUUAUACAUGUAUUGAGGAUUAUUUAAGUUAUACAUGAAAUGAAUAAACUAACAAAAUAAAAAUAGCUAUUAAGUAUGGAGAGACUUUGCAUCUUACAAAAAAAAGGGAAAAAAAAAAAAAAAAAAANAAAAAAAAAAAAAAAAAAAAAAAAAAAAAAAAAAAAAAAAAAAAAAAAAAUAGCAAAAUGACUGCCAUAAAUCAACCAAUCCAUAUAAGUGCGAGUAAAUCAAAGAGUCAAAGAUGAUUACAGCAUGGAAACGAUAGGAGCAGAUGGCGUUUAUAACAGGAUGACGCGCACCACGAUGUAAUGUCGUAAUGUGAUAAAAGCAGAAACUUUGUUUUGUGCCACUGUAAUGGGGUGGAGAUAUGCGUGGAAUAACGAUAUACGAUAUUAACACGUAGAAAACGGGAAUCAUUAUUGUAAAGGUUAUUGUAAUAUUUACUAAUGUUAAUACAAUUAUAUUUUGCAUUUGAAGAUAACAAUAUACACU